GGCGAGACAGUGACAGACGGAGCCCAAGACAACACCAUCCCCGUCUGACAAACAGUGAGACAUGUUUCCAGCAGCACACCACCAACACGACCCGGAGUUAAGAGCGGGUAGUGUGUCACCAUUCAUCCGCUCCUGCACCCACACUGAGUCGGCAGCCAAUAAGGGAAAGCGGAUCUAAGUGGCUGUGUUUUAUCUCUUGAGUGCUGGACGUAUAUGUUACUGAGGCUCACCUGUUAGGAUAUACCAGGAGCUGUGGAGUCUAUGAAUGAGAGUCUUAUGUUAUAACUCCGGACAGUACAUCAAAGAUCAACAGAAAUUAUGGUCAAAGUUCUCGAUGAAUGAAAGUAAGAUGUCCUUCUGUCUCUGGUGUUGAGCAUAUCAAAAAAGUAUAGCGAAUAAUCUUGCACAGUGAGUAAUUUGAGCGUAUCAUUCUGUCCCGGUUCUAGAUAUAUUAGAAAGUAUAACCAUCCUUCUGGUAUAGUGAGUGGAAGUACAAUGACUGAGGUGGAUUUGGCCAAAAGACUGGAUAUUCUCGGUGAAGUUGACUGUACGUGUGUGGGUAAACAGUCAGUAGAACUCGUGAGUGUUGGCUGCUGUUCAUCUCGGGAGUCAGAAUGUGUUUGUAAUACAACUCGAGAAAACAAUAUCCCUGGAUAUUCCUUCACACAGUAUGGUGUUUGUAGCGAAGAAAAUGUGGAGAGAUGUACAGAGUGCGAAAUGUACAGGAGAGACCACGUGGCAAGGUGUACACAGUGCGAGGUUUACAGAACAAGCCACGAGUGGCAAUGUACACAGUAUGAGGUGCGUAGAACAGACUGUAGGGAACGAUGUUCAAGAUGGGAAGUGUGUAGGACAAACUUUGAGAGAUGUACACAGUGUGAGAUACACAGGACAGAAAACGUGGGGAGAUGUACACAAUGUGGUGUGUACAAAGGACCUAAGCAGAACCGAACAGUAUUCCUCAAUAAAUACAGUUCACUGCACAGGACAGUACGACAGAGUCCCUUCAGAACUGUUGCGGACGAGUCUUCAGAUCAGCAGACCACACCACCACCACCAUCUCUCUCAUUAACUCCCUCUUCUAAUGCUUCACGUACAACAACAAUCACUAUAGCCAUGUCAUCAUUAGUAUUAAAGUCAUUACCCUCACCUGCAUUAUCUCCACCUGAGGGACCCUUGACACUCACACCCUCGUCCACACUACCGUCACUCGCUGUUAGGCUGCCAUCAUCAACUGUUCCUUCGUUUAGUUGUUUAACUGUAAAUACUGACGUUGCAUCUCCCCCCUCACCUGUUGUUGUUCUCACCAGCACAAGUCCCGUCGGUGACCUGGAGUCCCACACACUGCCCCAGAAUGUUAUCUAUACGGCUGCUGCAUUACCAUAUCCUAGAUCCCCAAACACAGCAGCUCUUAAUUCCAUUACUGCACUUUCACCUUGUAUAAUACACACUGCAGGCGUCUCCACUGGUGCUUCAUGUUCCUCUGCAGUCACAAACGUAUCUUAUGUCAUCGCUGUAACACUACCACCUUCAUCUCCGCGGCGUCCAGUUUCGGCUAAAUCCGUAACCGUGUCGUAUCCCACCAUAUUCCCGUCUGACGUGCCAUCCCCUGCUCCUGCUGCACUACCCACACCAACACACCCAAAUAUACAGCGCCACACUUCUUCUACACCCCCACCACAACAUCCCCACACCCGAAACGAUACACCCACAGGAUUUCACGCCUCUACACCCCGACGAAUAUUUUCCCACAUCAAGAGGAAGAGCAGCACCCGGGAACACCACCUACCACGAGAGAACAGCUGGACGAGUCAAGGCAGUGCGGACGUUCAGGGCAGACGGUCCUUACCUCCGUCAGGCUGGAGGUCGAGGUGGAGGUUAAGAGGUAGCUUGAUGGACGGACACCUCAUAGGAGCAAUCGUGGUGCUGAUGGCGGUCAUCAUCUCCUCCGCCUCCUCUUACGAACUGAAGCCCACUACGACCGUCUCCAGGGUGGUACUGGCAGGCCUCACCGCUAGACUGCCGUGCGAGCUGCCCCUCCCCCCUGACAGGCCUACCCUUAUCCUAUGGUACAGGAACCAAGCCACUAAACCCUUCUACAGUUUCGACGCCAGGAAUUCGACGACUGGACGCCACAAGUACUAUGACGAUUCACCGCUGGGUCAGAGGUCAAAGUUUAAGCUGGAGACCUUUCAACACAACUUCCAGGCUCGUCUUGGGUCUUUGGAGGUGGAGUCUAUCUCUCGGGCGGACGCUGGCAACUAUACCUGCCGCGUUGACUUUAUGACAUCACAAACUAUGAUGUCAUUGUUGCAUCUCACUGUUCAUGAAGACAUCCACAGCCUGCAAGUGUUCGACGCCUACGAGAACACGGUAGGGGAAGUCGCUGGGCCGUACAAGCUUUCUUCUAGGGUAAUGCUGUCCUGCCGAGCGUAUGGUGGCUACCCGCUACCUGUAGUCAACUGGCUCUCAGGCGAGGAGUUACUUGGCUCCUCUCUUACUCAGCCCUCCAGCACCGCCACACACCGAACUCGCGGGCGUGGUGGAAACCCGCCCAUGACGGUGGUGAGCGUGAUGCUGCACCUGCCGAGCCUCAACAGGGAGAACAACGGGCAGGAGGUGACCUGUGUGGCCACCAACACCAACCUGACCCAGGGCAAGUCACUCACCAUCAAGCUGGACAUGUACUUGCCGCCGUUGGAGGUUAGUGUGGAAGGUGUGGAGAAGCCACUGAGGGCGGAGGUGGAGGCCGGGCUGUUGUGUCGGGCCGCUGGUUCGAGACCGCCCGCUGCUCUCACCUGGAACAUUACCCAGUCUACUGCCCUCACCCCCCUCCCAGCACAGACCUCGCUGGACCGCAACACGACUGUCAUGAGAGGUCGACUUCUUCCCUCGUCACAAGACCACGGACAGACACUUACCUGUGUGGCCACCAACCAGCAGGUGCCAGAGUACUUCCUCGUCGCCUCCCACACACUUAACGUCCUCUUCUCCCCGGAAGUGGAGGCUCACCUGGCCCCGGCCCUCGACCCCAGCAACAUCAAGGAGGGUGAAGACGUCUAUUUCGAGUGUCACAUCAAGGCUAACCCACCAGAGUCCCGAGUCUUGUGGCUGCACCAGGGUGAGCCGCUACACACAGACAGGGAGCGGGGUGUGCUGGCUCAGGGAAGGAACCUGGUGUUACAGAAGGUCAACAGGAGGUCCAGAGGUCACUAUCAAUGCCAGGUCACCAACGCCGUAGCCACCGUCACCAGUAAUACCGCCUCGCUCGAUGUCAUGUUCGCCCCUGAAUGCCGUGACCCGAGGAACCUGACUGUGUCCGUCACCGCCACGGAGGAGGUCAACCUCGAGUGUGUAGUGGAGGCCAACCCACCCCCGAUGGACUUCCUGUGGAAAGUCAACAACAGCCGAGGAGAGUUGAAGGACAUAGAACCCACCUCCUACAACAUCCGUGGGCGCACCAGCACCUUGGUAUACCGCCCGGACUCCCAAGAUAUCAUCCGUGACCGCCCACACACCCACGAUCAACCCCAUCCUAUCGACCACACCCAUGAGUACGCCCAUGAUAGCGAGCAGGAGCAGUAUGGGGUGGUGUUCUGUCAGGGAAAGAAUAGAUUAGGUAUCCAGGAGGAGCCGUGUAUGUUCAUCAUUACACCAGCAGGACCUCCGGAAGAGCCAGAGUCCUGCUCCCUGGUCAACCAAAGUGCUACGUCUCUCGGGGUAUCCUGUGUCCCUGGUCACGAUGGAGGACUGUCCCAGACCUUCCUAGCCUUUACGGUACGGGACGCAGGAAGCCAGGAGGUGGUGGCCAAAGUAUCGUCACCCACGCCCACAUUCACCGUGGGCGGGCUGGCUUCCGGGCGGGAUUACCUCGUGCUGGUGACGGCGACCAACACAAAGGGGCAGUCACCUCCCUACGUCAUACAUGGGUUCGCUCUCAAAGUGGCGGAGAAUAAAAUCAAUAAUUCAAGUUCUGCGGAGUCCUCUCCUCUUCUGGUGGUGUUCGUGGGCGCUGUGAGCGGCUUCGUCUUCAUCCUGACUGUUCUAGGGGUGGCGACGCGUUCCCGAUGCCGGCGCCGACGGAUGAGUCCGGACGUAUCUUCCGACACCAACAAACCGCGGGAAGAAGUGCCACUCUCACCCUUGAGUCCUGACUCUGCCCUGGACGAGGCUUCGGGGGAAGAGGAGGUCAUCACAGAGGUCAACCCGCAGGUCACCGAACCCCAGACACCGGAAAGUCCGACCAGUGGGCGUAGCUCCCAGACUUAUGUUCCUGACCAUACCGCCCUCACGCCCGCCCACACCACUACCUCCUUGCCCCGCCCACACCGCCACCCACACCCACAACCCCUGCACUCCGUCGACCUGCCUCACAUCACCUCCAACAACCACAAGUACUACACCCUCAAGAUCAACUGUACCAGGCAGAAUAACGAGAGCUUCGUCUAGUAUCUCGGAGCACCUGCUUGGGGGCUUCAACCAGCUGUCUAGAGGCCGGGAGCUUCGUCUGGCUUAUCAAGAAUAUGUCUGGAGGCUUCAUCUACUGUCCAAGCUUUCUCGAGAUCAGGAUGAAGGCUUCAUCCACUACUUCAGUUACCUGGAGGCCAGGAGCUUCGUCUGGUACAUUUAAAACCUGCCUGUCUGAAGGCUUCUUCAAUUUCCCUAGGUGUCGAAAAAUUAUUUGCCAGACUUCAUCUGUUCAACCAAAGAAGAAGAGCUUCAGUAUCUCCGGAGGUCAGGCGAAAGGUUUCAUCUCAUGUCUUGGCAGUCUAGACGCCAUGAACGUCGUUAACCGCCAUCUAGAUACUCUGUGGGGUGAUUUAUUGUUAUUUCUAGUACCUCAGAUAACUGAAGGCAGAGAGCCUCGUCUUGUGCACCUAGAAGUUGUCUGGAAGGAUUUACUUAGCACCUCAGCUGCCUGGAGGUUAAUUGGAGGGAUCCAUCACUAAGCUAGGUCAAUAGAUUGAGCUUCUAGGACCCCAGUUCUAUAGAGAAGAAGCCACUCACUGUCUUGAUGUGUCUGGGUCAAACUCUAAGGAGUUCGCCAUCAUUUACUGUCAAUCGGGGUCACUCCAAACUCAUACCAUAUUGGUAACAUAUCAUAACCCGUUAUAUGUAUAAAUCUCCGUGAUAGUCAUAUA